UUAUAAACUUCUCUUUGUUAUGUAAUCUUAUUCCUUCCUUCUUUCUUAUGCUAAUCUCUCUCUCUCCAAAGCCUAUAUAUUUACUAUCUAUGAAUAACAUCUUCAGAUUUUGUUACAGUUCUGUUAAUUCAUUACCAAAGAAAGAAAAGAAGAUAGAAAGUGGUGAUUCGAUUAUUGAGAGAGGAACAGAAGAAGAAGAGAGAGAGAAGAAUAAUAUUAUGGGGUUGAAAUUGAAAGACACAUUCUACAUAUCACAUGGAUCACCCUCUCUUGCCAUAGAUGAUUCAAUCCCUGCAAGGAAGUUCUUGAAGUCGUGGAAGGAGGUGUUUCCGACGAAACCCUCUGCCAUCCUCAUCAUCUCCGGCCACUGGGACACCGAUGUCCCCACCGUCAACGCUGUUGACGUCAACGAAACCAUCUAUGACUUCUAUGGUUUCCCCAAAUCUAUGUACAAGCUCAAGUAUCCAGCAGCAGGUGCUCCACACUUGGCCAAGAGGGUAAAGGAACUACUGACAGCUUCAGGGAUCAGCCGUGUGAAUGAAGAUAGGAAACGUGGGCUUGACCAUGGUGCUUGGGUGCCUCUCUUGUUGAUGUACCCAGAAGCAGACAUCCCAGUGUGUCAACUCUCUGUUUCAUCCAACAGAGGUGGUACUUUUCACUACAACAUGGGAAAGGCAUUGGCCCCUCUUAAGGAUGAAGGUGUUCUAAUCAUUGGGUCUGGUAGUGCCACCCAUAAUCUGAGAGAAUUUGGACCUCGUGAUAGCCCUCCUCCUCCAUGGGCUGUGGCAUUUAUGUCAUGGUUGAAAAGCUCUCUUCUUGAUGGAAGAUAUGAGGAAGUGAAUGAUUACGAAGAGAAGGCCCCAUAUGCAAAAAAGGCUCAUCCAUGGCCAGAUCACUUCUUCCCGUUGCAUGUGGCAAUGGGGGCUGCUGGACAAAACGCUAAGGCCGAAAUUGUACACGAUAGCUGGGAUGGAUGUGCUUUUUCUUAUGCUUCUUUUGGUUUUAAGGCAGCCAGUUGAUACAGCACUUUAACAACUUCUCUAUACUGUUGUUUUAAUAUAUUGUUAAAUAAAUUAAAAUUACAUGUACAUUGUUAAUAUCAAUGAUUACAUGUAAACUGCGUUUGUUUAUUAAUAAAUCACUAGUACCAAAGUUGA